AUGGAUCACGUAAAGAGAAAGAGGGUUGAGGCCAUACGUGGUCAAAUCUUAAGCAAACUUCGCCUCACGAGUCCUCCUAAGUCUAUGGGACCAAGUAAAGUCCCGUAUCAAAUCCAGGCGCUGUACAACAGCACCAAAGAACUGUUGGAGCAGCUCGGGAAAGAGCGACAGCAAAGCUGCGGCCAGGACAGCACCGAGACGGAGUACUACGCCAAAGAGAUCUACAAGUUUAACAUGCUCUACGGACCGCAGGAAAACAAUGAUCUUACCCACUGUAUAAAAGGAGUCAUCUCAAAAAUAUUUCGUUUUAAUGUUUCUGCUAUGGAAAGGAACUCCUCCAACCUCUUCAAAGCUGAGUUUCGAGCUUUAAGGAUCCCAAAUUCCAGCGCCAAGAGGAACGAACAACGGAUUGAGCUCUAUCAGAUUCUCAGACCAAAUGAACACAUUCGAAAGCAGCGCUAUAUUGGAGCAAAAAAUAUCCUGACCAAAGGCACUCCAGAGUGGGUGACGUUUGAUGUGACUGAAACUGUGCGAGAAUGGCUCACAAACAGAGGAUCUAACAUGGGGUUAGAAAUCAGUGUUCAUUGUCCAUGCAACACUUUCAGUCCCAACGGUGACAUCCUCGAUGAAAAUGAGGUUCUGGAAGUCAAGUUUAAAGGGAUUGAUGGAGAAGACGAGCAGAGCCGCUGGGACCUGGAUUAUCUAAAGAGAAUGAAGGACCAGUCUUUACCUCACCUGAUCCUGAUGAUGCUCCCUCCUCACCGCCUCGACACCCAGUCGUCACGGAGACGCAAGAGGGCCUUGGACACAAACUACUGUUUCUCGACCAUGGAGGAGAGCUGCUGUGUUCGAAAGCUUCACAUAGACUUCCGAAAGGACUUGGAUUGGAAGUGGAUUCAUGAGCCGAGUGGUUAUGACGCCAACUACUGCUCUGGGCCGUGUCCGUACCUGCGCAGUGCGGACACCACACACAGCUCGCUGCUGAGCCUGUACAACACUCUGAACCCCGAAGCCUCAGCCUCUCCCUGCUGUGUGCCCCUGGAACUAGAACCACUCACGAUCCUCUACUACUCUGGUCGGACCCCCAAAGUGGAGCAGCUCUCCAACAUGAUCGUGAAGUCCUGCAAGUGUAGCUGA